GGCCGGAACAGCUUCGGCGCCGGGAGCGGGCGGAGCCGCCUCAAGAUGGCGGAAUACGUGGAGGUACUGAAGCGGGCAUUGAAGCACCUGGGCGGGCACGGCGGGCUCCGCGGCGCCUUUUGGCAGCUGAUAAGGGUCAAUGAUUUGAAGACAGGAAUGCUGGUAGGAACUGACAAAUACGGAAACAAAUACUAUGAAGACAAAAGAAAUUUCUUUGGUCGACACAGAUGGGUCAUCUAUACUGAUGAAAUGAAUGGCAAAAAUACAUAUUGGGAAGUUGAUGGAAGCAUGGUGCCCCCUGAAUGGCAUCGCUGGCUUCACUGUAUGACAGAUGACCCUCCAACUACUCAUCCACCAGUUGCUCGUAAAUUUAUCUGGGAGAACCAUAAAUUCAAUCUGAGUGGCACUCCUGGACAGUACGUACCUUACUCUACUACUCGUAAGAAGAUACAAGAGUGGGUCCCACCUACAACAGCAAGCAAAUGACAGCAACAAAGAAGUCUAACUUGCCACAGCUUUGGCUUUCAGUGUAAAUUGUAUUUUAACAGGUUUGUUCAAAAUAAAAGCCUCCUAUAACA